AUGGGUGUUGUUGAUGUCAAUUCGCUCAAUGAUCUUGCCGGGUCCGAUCCUGUGUCUGACCUCGACAGGGGAGUCGUAGCAUGGGACGACCAGUACGACACCAAGAAUCCGAGAAAUUUCCCGGCAUCAAAAAAAUCGACCAUUCUAGCCUUACUCAGUUUCAUGAUAGUACUAAGUUUCUUAACAUCCUCAAUCAUCGCACCAGCUGCUUCGAGCAUUGACUCUGAGUUUCACAAUGAUUCAUUCACAGUAUCUUCCAUGGUCACAACUAUAUACGUCUUUGGCUACCUCGUUGGACCUCUUCUUCUUUCACCACUGAGCGAAUUCUGGGGUCGACGUCCUGUAUUCUACUACGCCAACAUCUUCUACACCCUCACCCACGUCGGCAGCGCUCUGUCACCCAACAUUGGAUGUCUCCUCGCGUUCCGCACCAUCUCAGGCUUCGGAGCAUCAGCCUGCUUCUCCAUCGCGGGAGGGAUGCUAGCAGACCUCUACGACGUCCAUGAGCGCGGUGUUCCAAACGCAAUCAUCACGACCGGGUCUCUAUUCGGGCCCGUACUCGGGCCCUUGUUCGGAGGCAUUAUUACCCAACGCGCAGGCUGGCGCUGGAUCUUUUGGAUACUCCUUAUUGCCUCAGCCCUCGUGACGGUCCUCAUGAACUUGUUUACGCCAGAGACGAAUGCACAUGUCAUUCUGCGUCAGAAGACGUUGAGGAUCAGAAAGGAGACGGGGAGGACGGACUUGCUGAGCCUUCAUGACAAUCAGGUUGGGACUUCGUCCAAGAAGAAUCCUCAGACAUUGGGAAAAGCACUCCGCCGCCCCUGGAAGAUGUUGUUCCGCUCUCCCCUCGUGCCGGUAUUUUGCAUCAUGACGGGCUUCAUCUCAGCUCUUCUGUACAUCCUCCUCACGUCCACAUCCUCAUUCUUUCAAGAAGUCUAUGGCUGGUCCCUUGAGACAGCCGGACUGGCCUACCUAGGCCUCGGUUUCGGGAGUUUAGUCGGUCUCCUUCUCUUCGCCAAAACAUCAGACCUCAUUGCCGUACGACUCGCAAAGAAGAAUGGUGGUCUGUACCAGCCGGAAAUGAGACUGGUAACCGCCUUUAUUCCAGCCCUGUUCAUCCCCGUCACGUUUUUCUGGUAUGGCUGGUCGACGUACGCGAGGACGCAUUGGAUCAUUCCUUUGAUCAGUUUGGCGCCGUUUGGCUUUGCCCAAGUCGGGAUCAACGCAUCUUCUUCGGCUUACUUGAUUGACGCCUCUGGGCCUUAUGCGUCCUCUUCAUAUGCUUGCGUUACGUCGGCUCGCUGUCUUAUCGGUGGAUUUCUUCCUCUGGUUGGGCCUACUCUGUAUCAAAACCUUGGCUUAGGAUGGGGCAAUUCGGUGCUUGGUUUUGUGAGUUUGGCUAUGGCUCCAAUCCCGCUCCUGCUGUAUCGGUAUGGGCAGAAGCUCAGAGAGAGAAGCCCCUUGGAUACCGUUACAUAG